AUGAGUGAUAGUUUUGCUUUGGAUGAUGCUAGGCGAAUUAAGAGGCGGCGACGGCUUAGUAGGAUGUCGAUAGAAGGGCGUCGGCGGCAGCUUCAAUAUCGUCGCCGUCACAAUGAACGCGAUGGUCGAUUGUUGUAUUGUGAUUAUUGUGAUUUGUUUGUGUGUAGUUCUCUCAGAAGCUGGGGUGAACAUGUUAUAAGUGAACGGCACAUGGAGAAUAUGGAAUGCUAUUAUGCUAUGGUUGAGGCAUAUGAACCUUCUUGGUUGGGUAGUAUUUGUGACGAUGUUUCUCGUGCCCAUGUUGAAAAUCAUGUGAGGCGUCAUCAGAGUGUGUCGGGAAAGGGCUCGAGUGUCCCUAUUCCUGCUGUUGUUGCUGGACGUGUUGAUGAUCAGGAGAUAAUCGUGGGUGGUUUGCCAAAACCGUCACGUACUGCUGCGGAAACUUAUAAUAAUAGUUGCAAUAUUGCUGGUACUCCGUCGGUACGGGUUGCUGGAGUGCUUGUAGCUAGUGCUGCUCCUCCCGUGGUAAAGGUUGGUAACAAACCAGUAACGCCCACACCACUUUCGGUCACGAAACGUGAAUGA